ACGGGUGGUAUUCGAGUCGGCUCUUGGUUGAAUCGCCGACAGAUCGUCCUCUGCGUCCCUCAGGCGUGCACGCCUGCCGUGAGGAUAUAACGCUGUUCGCUCUGUACGAUUCAUCAUGUUGUGGGCAACGUUGCUAUCAGGAUUCCUUCUACUGUCAGCGAUACCGUUCGGUCUUUCUCGGGAUCUCCGUAAUACCGAAGACCGAUCGAAGCGCAGUAUUGACUUGAACGAUGUCUACUACUCAAAAAUGCGCCAAAACAGAUUACCGAGCGAAGUUACGCCAACUAGUUAUCAUGUGGACAUCAAGAUACCCUUCAUCGAGAGCAACCAAUUCAACGGUCGCGUCAAGAUCAAUCUUACCUGGUCUGACACUAGCGACAGGAUAACGCUGAAUGUUCAUCCAAAUCUUGAGAUUUCAUUAGUCAGCGUCAGAUUGAUUAAAUUGCCGCUCGAUGAAGCAAAAUCGGACAACCAAAUAUAUAUCGCAAGAACCGAACGGCAAGAUCGAAAAUCCUGGUACAUCAUCCAUUUGGAACAAAUGCUAAAGAAUGGAAGUGCCUGCGAAGUUGAUAUCACGUACUUUGGAAAUCUCACGACCAAUGAGACUACUGGUCUUUACAAAAGUGCAUAUAUGGAUAUUGAAGGUCGAAAACAUCCCUUCAUCGCCACUUAUUUACAAUUAGAUAACGCGCAGAAAAUGUUCCCCUGCAUGGACGAACCACCCUACAAAGCAACUUUCAAGUUAAGUGUAUUGUAUCCUAAAGGAUUAACGGCACGCACAAACACACCGUCAAUCUUUCGACGCGAGUUAUCCGACAAGAUCGAGGAAGAGUUUGAAGAGACACCUCGAAUGUCAACGAAUCAAUUAGCUCUUGUGAUAUCAGAUUUAGAGAAUAUCGAGCCCGUAAAAGAAAUUAACGAAAUGGAUGGAAAGAAACUACAUGUGAAAGUCUGGGGCCGCAAAGAAUUCAUGGAAUCGUUACUUCACGUUCCCGACAAAGUUGUGAUGAUUAUUAAUUAUAUGCAAGAUUACUUCAAUAGCUCAAUCGGUUUACCGAAGCUGGACGUUAUGGCGAUUCCCAUGUACAGCACUUCCAAAGCUUCCGAUAAUUGGGGUCUCAUGUUCUUCAAAGAAAGUGAACUCAGCAGUUCUCUAGUCUGGACCACUACCUACGAACUUCUCUAUCAGUGGAUCGGCCAAUCCGUCACGCCGUAUCGUCGAAAUGAUGCGCCAGUUAACAAAGCUCUUAAUUCAUUCUUGGCAUCCAUGGCAACUAUCGAUUUGAGUCCGAACGAGACGCAAGGCAAGUGGCCAAUGACGAUGUUAUAUCCUCUGUAUUACGAAUUUGCGCAGACCGCACCUUUCUCAAGAGUCGCUGGUAUCAGACAAGAAGCAACAUGGACAAAAGCCGAAUUGGUUUUCCGAAUGUUUAAUUACACUCUUGGGCAUGACUUAUUUCAAAGGAGCGUGAGGAAUUUCUUCCAUCAGCAAUCGAAAGAAGAUCGCAGAACCUUCUUCGCCAAUGAUAUCUUCACUUACCUGAAUGACGUAGCAAAUGAGACGGACAAUCUGCCGCCAGGUUUGACCAUCAACGGCAUCGCCGCUUCAUGGAUCAAUCGGGACAGAGUGCCAUUGGUCACGGUCAUUCGCGAUUACGAAACUGGAAAAAUUAAUCUCAGUCAGAAAGUCUAUUUGAGAGACAUACCACCGCAAUCGACUGCAAAAGUAUCAUAUCAAUGGGAUAUUCCAAUCGUGAUGCAAGCACAAAAUAAACUGAAUUUCAGCAAUACCAAACCGACUGUAUGGCUGAAAAAAGAAAAUAUACCGAAGAAUUUAACUAUCUCGGACAUCACUGACAAAGAUAAUUUCAUCAUUGUCAAUCCUGAAGAAAUAGGUAUGUUCCCGGUGAACUACGACUCGUGUAAUUGGAAAAUGUUGUCACAAUAUCUGCAAGGACCAGAUCGCGAGAAAAUACCUCCGUUAACAAGAGCAAAGCUUCUCCACGACGCAUGGAACCUAGCUUAUGCCGGCGAGCUGUGCUUCAGCGUCGCGCUGAACAUGACUCUCUUCCUCAAGGAAGAAAAGAGUCACGUGGUUUGGGAGCCGGUAUUUACAAUGAUUCAUCAUAUAGGUCGGCGGAUCGAAGGCUUGGACGUGUAUUUGAAAUUCGAGGCUUACAUCCGAAGUUUAUUGAAGCCUCUCUAUUUAGAACUUGGAGAGAAUCCGCAACCUAAUGAACCUUCCUGGAAAAUCCACAUGCGUGGUCUUAUGCAGAACUUCCUUUGCCGUGCUGGAUACGAACCUUGCGUUAAGGAAGCCAGAGACCAAUUCAAGAAAUGGUUGACUGACGAGGAACCAGACAAAGGAAAUCCGGUCGCCAAUAAAUUCCUUUGCCCCGUAUUCAAGUGGGGCACCGACGAGGAAUGGGAAUUCGGAUUGCAGCGCGUCAUAAAUUUCCCAAAGACCAGUCUGGCGAGAAAGCAAAAUGAGCGCACCUAUUUGCUGAAGACUCUCGCUGGGUGUCCAAAGGAUGCGAAUAAGAUCGAAAGAUUGUUGCAAGUGGCCGUGCUGGAUCAGAACGAAAAUUUCACGGACGCGGAUAUCCACCUGAUCUUCAGUAUGCUGACCGGUAGCGCAACCGGGUAUAAAACCCUGUUCAAUUUCCUGCUCGAGCACUGGUACACCGUGAAGGAGCAAUUUGAGAACAAGACCUUCCUCUGGGAUGGCAUCGUUAACUUUGCCACGUCGUCGUUUAACACGCAGGAGGGAUACGACAAAGUGAAUCAGCUGUACAUGGAUCAUCAGGAUGAAUUUGAAACGGCGGAAGCCAUUAUCAAGAAGGCGCUCAGAAUCAUCUAUCAAGAAACCGAAUGGAACGAAGAGAACGUGCCCGUGAUCGAUGCCUGGCUCAUGAAGAACCUGUCCAAGGAAGAUCUAGAAGCGAUCGCAACAGCGACGUCCGCCCUAUCGUCCACAACCACCGUGCCGACGACGAUCAAACAGGGGGACCAGGAAACUCGAUUCUUGGGAUGAAUAAACGGACUCGAGUCCGACGUUACAUUUUCGACAAUGAGAGUAUAGUCUAUAUCUUCCCAGUUACUCCGAGGUAUACGAUUUUUUUUUUUUUUCAAACGUAAUUAUAUAAUGUAAUACCUUCGCUUGCUUGACAAAUAGAUAAUAGCGUCGCACGAUAACUUUGCCCUCUUAUCUCUACUUUUAUUACAACUGAUGUGAUUAAGUCAAACAUGAUGCAAGAAUUUGGAAAAGCCGUAUGAUCAAUAUAGCGUUAAGAUAGCGACGAACGUAACAUUUCUCUCUACCUCGUCCCCGUAGAUAUUAUAAUUUAGAAAGUUAUAUUUUUGAAAAAGUGAUGUAUUAUAUAUUUAAAAUUUUUAUUUUGUAAAACGAAUAAAGAUCGAUAUCGCUCGUGAUACAUUUAUUCCACAGAUGGAUGAUGUGUUUUUCUCAGGAAGAAAAAUAUACGAUAUGGCAUCGCUCGUAAUUAAGAGAUAAUUUAGUUAGGAUUUAAUGUAAAGUUUAUCACAAUGAAUAAAAUUAAUAUUACAUAA